GUUGUUUGCGCAGCCGGGCGGCCGUGACCCUCCGUGAUUCGGCCGCGGCGCCGGGGGCGGGGGGCGCGCGGGACUCUUUUCCUCUCAGCCUGACCGCGGGCAGCUGCGGAGCAUGUCGACCCCGGCCCGGAGGAGGCUCAUGCGCGACUUCAAGCGAUUGCAAGAGGACCCACCUGUGGGGGUCAGUGGUGCACCAUCUGAAAACAACAUUAUGCAGUGGAAUGCAGUUAUAUUUGGACCAGAAGGGACGCCCUUUGAAGAUGGUACUUUUAAACUAGUAAUAGAAUUUUCUGAAGAAUAUCCAAAUAAACCACCAACUGUUAGGUUUUUAUCCAAAAUGUUUCAUCCAAAUGUGUAUGCUGAUGGCAGCAUAUGUUUAGAUAUCCUUCAGAAUCGAUGGAGUCCAACAUAUGACGUAUCUUCUAUCUUAACUUCAAUUCAGUCUCUGUUGGAUGAACCGAAUCCAAACAGUCCCGCCAACAGCCAGGCAGCACAGCUUUAUCAGGAGAACAAGCGAGAGUAUGAGAAAAGAGUUUCGGCCAUUGUGGAACAAAGCUGGAAUGACUCCUAAUAGACAAGUGGUCUGUCCAUCUUCCCAUCGUGUAUAAUUUACCUCCCAGUAGAAAGGCUAACAAAUUUUAAGUGCCACAGGUUUUAAGGAUUCUGCAGAGAAAAAAAGUCCUUCAGUUUAGAACCUACAAAAGCUUGUGUAUCUUGAUUAAUGUACUUUUUAUUGCAUGGUGUGAACUAAGUUAUUGCUGCAUAAAUUUGUAAUAUAUCCUGUUUGUAUUUUUUUCCAAGUGUAUAAUGUUGGUGUGGAGUUUUCAUGACAGAAUAUACACAUUUUGUAAAUCUGUACUUUUUUCAAAUAUUGAAUGCCUUAUUUUUGAAUUCUUUAGAUUUUUAAAUUGGAGAAAAGCACUUAAAGUUUUUUAUAUAUGAAUAUUACAUGUAACGCUGUUAAAAUACAUAACUUCAGUGCAAGAGACUUUGUCACUUAUUUCCUUAUCUGUGCAGGAGGGUUAGUAAGUCUCUAGCUCUCCAUCAAUUGAUAGCUUCACUUCCACUUCAAAAGAACAUAACUUCUCUUUUAUCAAGAAAGUCUCCAAAUUUGAUUCUGAAUACAGUUCUGGUCUCCAGCUUUAUUUUGAAUGUUCCUCUGUUAGUUUCAGUGGAGUGAUUUUAGACAUGACUGGUGUGAUUCUGUCCACCUCUGUGCUCGGGCCACUGUUCACAUGCAUUACAUGUUGCUAAGCUGUACCUUUUGCAAUCUCCAGUUCCCUCCCCUGGGGGCAGGGCUGAUGUGACUUACUCUGCUGCUCCAUAGCACUUUAAGAGGCUUUUGAUCAGUGAAGGAAGUACAACCAUGAACUUGCACCAGAAGUUUGCGCUGCAGGACUGGUAAUGACUUGGUUGCACUGGUCUGAGCAAGUCAGGUAUUUGGAAGUAAUCUCGGUGUAACUUAAAUAUUUGAAAACUACCUUUCAAUGCAGCUGCCUAUGUCUGUUCUGGGAAAAUGUUUUACCGCCAGGGCCUGCUGAGUUGCUUUCUCUUGUGGAGAUUUUCUGUUAAUCUCCUGAGUUGUAUAAAAGUUGUGCUGCAUCUUAGUUUACUGGAUACAUUUAAAACAGUAUUGUAGAAAGCUGAUACGAAACUAUCCUAUGCCUUCAAAUAGUCUAGAAAAUGGAAAAUAUACAAGUAAAUUCUGUUGAACCACU